AUGAGUCUCAAAAGCUUGAAGAGUCUCAGAAUAACAACAGAGUCAACCAAGUCCCUUGUUUUCAAUGUGUCAUAUCAGUGGAUUCCCCCUUUCAGGCUUAACUAUAUCCAAAUUCAAAACUGUAGGGUUGGUCCUUUCCCUAUGUGGCUUCAAGUUCAAAGUGAACUCACCUCUGUCACUCUCAAAAAUACUGGAAUCUCUGGCACCAUACCGGACCAAUGGUUUUCCAAGUUGUCCGGUCAGAUUACCCGAUUAGACCUUUCCAAAAAUCAAAUAGAAGGGAAGCUGCAGCCACACCAAUUGGCAUUUCCAAUCCUGCAAGCGAUUGAUUUGAGCUCCAAUCGCUUCGAGGGUCCUCUCCCGCUUUGGUCCACUAAUGUGGCCGAGCUAUUUCUUGAGGAUAAUUCAUUUUCCGGUCCUAUUCCCCAAAACCUUACUCAAUUAAUGCCUGGAUUGCAAAGACUCCAUCUUUCACGGAACCAUCUCAGUCGAGGAAUUCCUUCAUCAUUAUGUCAGCUAGAGAACCUGCAAGUUCUCUCCCUAAGAAGCAAUCACCUCUCUGGAGAAUUUCCCAAUUGUUGGAACAAUUCCUUUACCUUAUGGGGUUUUGAUGUAGCAAACAACGACUUAUCCGGUGCCAUUCCAAUCUCCCUCGGUUUCCUCCCUUCCCUCACCGUGUUAAUGUUAGGCAACAACAAAUUCCACGGCGAGAUUCCUUCAUCCUUGCAAAACCGCUCCGGCCAGAUUCCACCAGAGUUAUGCAGCCUAGGAAAUCUCCCCCCGCUAGAUCUCUCCGAAAACAGCUUCUUGGGUGUCAUUCCCAAGUGUUUCGAUAACUUGGCAGCCUUGGUGUAUGGUAAUAGCAGUGAGGUGUUUGAAAAUCAAUUGUAUAUUGUGCUGAGAGGAAGAGAGCCUGAAUACAGCAGCAUUGUGGGAGAUGUCAAUGGCAUCAACCUUUCGGGAAAUGACUUGAAAGGAGAAAUCCCAGAUGAGAUCACAAGUAUUCAUGGCCUCCACAUGUUGAAUUUAUCAAGGAAUCAGUUUAGUGGAAGAAUUCCAGACAAGAUUGGCAACUUGGAGAAAUUGGAAGCACUUGAUCUCUCGCAUAAUCGUCUUUCGGGGUCGAUUCCUCAGAGCUUGUCUAGUAUGAUUGCUUUGAAACACUUGAACUUGUCGUACAAUAAGCUUCAAGGGCAAAUUCCUCGGCUUCCACAGUUCAACGAUGCUUCAGUUUUUUAG